ACUACCAAAUGAAACCAGACGCCCCACAUCACUCCUCUCUGCUCUAGAAUUUAAAAAGCUUUCAAUUUUCAAUCAAUCAAUCUCUACGCGUCCAUUUACCGAAUCCUUAAUCACUCUCACUAUAUUCAUUCAUUCGUUUGUUCAUUGCCCAGAGGGAGAUAGGAUCCGAGGAGGGUUUUGGCUUUUGGCAAGAGAGCGUCGGGCUUAGCAUGCAACUUGGCUCCAGUCAAAGGAAGGAGCGUCCGACAAGGAGAGCCUCCCCAUUACAAUAAACCCUUCAAGCACAGAGAGAUAUGGGGAAGCUGAAGCAGCAGCAGGAGCUGGGUAAGCAAGAAGAAUCUCAGAAGAAGGAGCGUCAUAUUGUGACGUGGACACAAGAGGAAGAUGAUGUAUUGAGGAAGCAGAUAAGCAUCCAUGGAACUGAAAAUUGGGCAAUUAUCGCAUCUAACUUCAAAGACAAAACGACAAGACAGUGCAGAAGAAGAUGGUACACUUACUUGAACUCUGAUUUCAAGAAAGGAGGAUGGUCGCCGGAGGAAGACUUGCUCUUAUGUGAGGCUCAGAAACUAUUUGGCAACAGAUGGACUGAAAUAGCAAAGGUGGUUUCAGGCAGAACGGAUAACGCUGUGAAAAACCGUUUCUCCACUCUGUGCAAGAAGAGAGCAAAAUUUGAAGCCUUGGCAAAAGAGAAUAACACUUCGUUCACUGUUUCAAAUAACAAAAGAACUAUUUCCCAGCAGGGUGAUAACAGAGAGUCAACAUCAGAGGCUGCGGCACCUGCUAAGAGGAUGAGGAGAGCCCAUAUCCCUGAUGCUACAGAAAAGAUCAACUAUGGAAACAGAUCCCAUAAGCAAUAUGAAGCGACAAUAAAACAGCAGCCAAGAGCGCCAUUUUCGAUUUUGGCUCAGAACUUGUCAGAUCAGCAUGAAGCCUCCAAUGACAAGAUCAGCAGAAAUGCCUAUGAUUGCAAGACUCAAGGAACAUUUCUUAAAGAGGAUGAUCCAAAGAUAAGCGUGUUGAUGGAACAAGCGGAGUUAUUAAGUUCACUAGCUCUAAAAGUUAAUACAGAUGAUGUGGACCAGAGUCUUGAAGACGCAUGGAAGGUACUUCAAGAGUUUCUGAACCAAACCAAAGAAUCAGAUAUUCUCAAAUAUAAUAUUUCGGAUUUACAGCUCGUAGAUCUUAAAUAUAUGAUGGAGGAAUUUAAGAGUAGUAAUGAGGGAAGCCAGCAAUGUUGGAGGCAACCAGAACUAUAUGAAGACUCUCCAAGCAGUUCUGAAUACAGUACAGGAUCAACUCUUCUGCCCCACUCAGCAAGUGAUAAUCUGGAACACUCUCUGCUUCAGGAUAUGGCAACUGAUCUAAAGCCUAUCCAACUUGGAGAUCAAAAAGGAGUCAGUGAAUGUGGGAAAGAGGAUCUCUCUUCUGCAACUGUAGGUCAAGAUAUCUUUCCAUCUUGUGAGGAACAGAUAAGCAAUGAUGGCAUUGCUUCUACCUCAUCAAGCACAGAGUUCAAUUCCCCUCUUCAAGUUACCCCUAUGUUCAGAUCUUUGGCCGCAGGAAUUCCCAGCCCACAGUUUUCAGAAAGUGAAAGGAACUUCCUAAUGAAAACGCUUGGAUUGGAGUCCCCAUCCAUGAACCCAAGUGCCAACCCAUCACAACCACCACCCUGCAAAAGAGCCCUACUACACAGUCUAUAAUCUAAUCCCCCUCUUCAGUUGGUAAUGAAAAAUUCGACUCCCUCGCCCCUUCUAGAAUCCUUUAUCUCUACCCUUGGCAAUUCAAGCUCAUCUUUGCUUGGUUUUGAGAUGAGAUCCCUGAGAUUGCAACCUCAUUGUCUUAAUGAUCCUAAAAUUUUGAAAAAGGCGUCAUCCUCUUCCUCUCCCCAAGAAUGCUCCGGUGCAUUCUUGUGAUAAUUUGACAUAUCUAACAAUGUCAUUCCUCCAUACCCCGCAGUCAGUCAGACUUACCCUUUUUUUAAAAGCUGCACUCAAGAUUAGUUUGCUUAGUGUGUCAUUAUUUGGCUUGUUUUUCUCUUGAUACCAUUCUGGAUUUGUUUUGGUUCAAUCCAGCUCUUGGUCAUGAUUUGUUUCUUUUUUGUACAGAGUCUGCUAUGUAAGCAGUAGUCAUUCUGAGUGUGUAUACAUCGGCCCAUCGCCUAUCCUACUAAAUAUAUGAACAGAAACAGAAAUAGAAGAGAGAGAAAAAAUUUAACCAAUGGGAAAUUGGUUUCCUAUUUGUUGUUUGGGUGUGCAUAAAGUAUAGAAUAAUAUAUAUAUGGAUUUUUGAUGUACUGAAACUUCAGAACGGUUGGAGUGGAAAUGCAUUUUGGUUUUUGGUGUGCC